AUGCUUCUGAUCAACCCUCGAAGCCGACGAUUCAUCAUCCUGGUCCUCCUCGUCGCAACGUUGACUCUCCUACUCCUAGUUGUAGACGGGCCAAGAGCGUACUUUGAAAAACACUUUACGAACCACAAAGACCCCAACGAGCCGCCCCAUCCCGAAUACCUCCCCGAGCCGACGUGGCUGCCACCCGCAGUUCAAGAUCCCUUUCCGGCGCUCGCGACUUCGACUCCCCCACCGAUCCCCAAGUGGAACGUCCCGAAAAAGAAACUGCACAAGAAAUAUGGCAUCGAGUACGCGCCGCCGUUGCUGAUCGGCUUCACGCGAUCAUGGCCGAUGCUGCUCCAGGCCGUUGUCUCGUACAUCACGGCUGGAUGGCCGGCCGAGCAGAUCUACGUUGUUGAGAAUACGGGCGUGCAGCGUGCCAACUUGGAAGGAAAGUUGACGCUUCAGAACCCAUACUACAUCAACUACGAGCAACUCAAAAAGCUCGGGGUUAAUGUUAUCAGGACGCCCGUCUUGAUGAACUUUGCACAGCUGCAAAACUACUACAUCCACCUCUCCCACGAGCAUGACUGGCCUUACUACUUCUGGUCACAUAUGGAUGUCCUCGCCUUGUCCUACGAAAGCGGCCAAAAGGGAGUCACUCCGUGGGCUUCCGACCCCAAAUACAAGACGGUCUACGAGCUGUGCCUUACCGAGCUCAACUAUACGCUCCACACGGAAACGCGGUGGGCCAACGUCUUCUUCGCCUACGACCACCUCGCACUAGUGAACCGCGAGGCAUACGAAGACGUCGGCGGAUGGGACACGUUUAUUCCGUAUUACAUGACGGACUGCGACAUGCACUCCCGGCUGAACAUGGCCAAAUGGAGGCAGCGAGAUGCCAAGGCCGGCAUCAUCACCGACGUGAGCACCGUCCUCGACGACCUCGGCGCUCUGUACCGCAACACUUCGAUCGUCCCGCGAUUCACCGACCCAAACCCCCCGCCGCCGAAGCCGGACGACGGGAAAGCCAAGCGCGAUGUCACCCCGCGCGACGAGGGAGAAGCCCUCAAGUACUGGCGCAGCCUGUCGAAGAUUGCCGAGGAGAUGUCGCACUACAAGCACGGCGACCGGGAGCGCAACGUGUGGCAGGUAGGUCAGAAGGGCGGCCGGGGCGAGCCGUUUUACUACCCCGCGACGGGCAUCGAGCAGGCGAUUGAUAUCCUGACCGAGGCCGGGCGCGAGAUCUUCCGCAAGAAAUGGGGGCAUCGGGACUGCGAGCUGAUCCGUGGCGGUGGGUUGCAGGCCGACGACAUGUGGCGGGUGAAACAGGACUGGCGGGACUAG